AUGACUUCACCCGUGCCCUUUCUGAAAAAUCUAACCAUCGCAGUGAGUGGCCAUCUUUCCAACGGGUUUGUCCACGGUGACGUCCAGCGCCUUACAGAACGGUAUGGAGGAAGAUUUGAGGAUCUUGACAUCGCCGCUUGCACGCAUCUAGUCGCAUCGCAACGAGCUGUCGACGUCGAGUUCAGGAAAGUCCAAGAAGCGUCGAUAACGGAAGGCCUGCAAAUCGUCAGUCAGGACUGGUUUUUCCAGUCUGUUGAGAAAGAAAUGCUGCUCGACGCCAAGAAGUUUUUGCUUAGAAUUCCUUUUCGAAAGAAACGAAGCAAGGAUUCAGAGAAGCCCUCGGUAAAGAAAGAGGUCGACAAUACCAAGGUCGAUAAGAAGACUCCCAAAAAAUUACAAGAGAAACCCCCUGCGAAGCCUUCCGCAAAAGCCUCCGAGAAACCCCACGAGAAACCGCUUGCAAAGGCCUAUCCGAAGACCCAUGAGAAAAUCAACGAGAAAGAGCAAGAGCUUAACGCGAUCAUUGAUGAUGACCACGUUGGCCCUAAAACCGAUCUUGUCGUCUGGAUGGAUGAAAACCACUUGAUCUGGGAUGCGAUACUGAUCAAGGACAGCUCAUCCAUAAAUUCAAAGGGUACCGUUACAGCCUACAUACCUGAGAUGGAACGCCUGCAGCUUCUCUACAAUUUGAAGACGAAGACAUUCCACUUUGGGGCUUGGGGCAUGGGAACUAGACAAGAUCCAAAAUCUCCCCAUGCUAAAUUUGAGAAGUACUUCCAGGACAGAACUGGUCUUUCCUGGGAAAAUCGCUGGGAUGACCCCAAAGAAGGAAAAUACGUUUUUGUGCCCCGCAUAUUUGAAGACGUUGAAAUGGAGGAUACCUUCUUUUCUGGAGACGGAAAAGAUAGUCUGGCCCUCAGCAUAACCCAGCUUCCUUCCGCGGUCUAUGAAGUAUUGGGUGUGAUAUUUGAUCAUAAUCAAAAACCACACAUCGAGGAAUCAAUCAAGAACGUUUCAGGUGGUAGACUGACUAGACAGCCCUGGCGGGUCCGAUUCACUUUACGUGCUGCGCAGUCUCUCUUGGAGAGAAUCAGCGAACUGACCCUUGAUAGGUUUCAACGAGGCAACGACUCCCGUGCCAAGCUUCUAUCUAUCCUCGGUAAAUGCUACCUAGCACUAAUGUGGCACAGCGACCUUGAUGCUCCGCCCAAAUGGGGAUUACCAGCCCGUUCAAAAGACAAGAAUUGGGUGAAGCGAGAGCGGGCCGCCCUCGGGCUCUUGAACAAUCUAUCUUUUGCCCUUGAUCUAGUGGCAAACUCGACCAAUGUUUCAAAAAAUCAGAUUCUCAACCGCGCCUAUCGAGGGCUCGGUCUGGCGAGCAUGACUCCUGUGGAACCUGGCAAUGCAGAACACAAGGCUCUCGUGAACUUUGUGAUUAAUAGCUCGGUGCCCAGGGCGCACGGCUUUUCUGUUCAGCCGAUCAACAUCUUUAGAAUCGAACGAGAGGGGGAGAUUGAACGUUUCGAGAAAUACCAAAAAGUACACAGUACCCUCGUUGGUGGCCGGCGCUUGUUGUUUCACGGAAGUAGAGCAGUUAACUGGAUUGGAAUCUUGAGCCAAGGACUGCGGUCGGAUGCUCAAACACGAGUUACCCCAGAAAGCCCAGUGAAAGGUAUUUAUUUCGCUGACGUUUCUUCCAAAUCCGCUGGGUACUGCCGAUACGCGCCAGGUGAUCCCGGUUCUUGCAUGCUUAUAUGUGAGGUUGAAGUGGGCAAGAAGCCACAGCCAUGCGGUUCUGCGCCGGCCCUUGGUGAUAUAAAAGCAAUGCAUAAGCAGGGUCAUAUUUCAUAUCUUGCCGCAGGUGCGACUGACUUCAGCAAAUGGUGCGACGCUGGAGCUGUGCAUCCAAGCCUCGCAGGUGUUCAAAUGCCUGAUACCUCUAGCGGAAGAUCCGUAUCGAAGAUGCUCUCACCUGGCUUCGGAAAAUAUCCCCAUAACGAAUGGGUCGUUUACGAUCCGGCUCAAAUCCGCCAGAGAUACUUUGUCCAAUUCACGACGAAAUGA